CUGGUGGCCGCACCCGCAAGUACCCCAGAUAGGUAAACAAUUUUGAACAUGCCUGUGAUAAUUUUACUCCCUGAGUUGUAGUUACGUGACAUGGGCUUAUCAAGGCGGUCUGAUAUCCUUGUGGAAGACCCUGAGAACGUUGUGAGCGAGGCAGCCAGGAGAUAGCGCGGGGGAGUGACACUGUGGGAGACAAGUGAAGGUGACAGGUAAAGUCUGUCAUCUCUAGGUUGAAAUAAACGUUUCCUGUCAUGAGUUGAUAUAGAGAAAUCUCUAACAGCAGGGAGGCUCGUGGGUCGCCAUGUUUCGCUCAGCGUGUGACUACCUGGCCAGUAAGGCCGGUGUGGACAUCACUGGCGACGCCGCCAGUGAUGAAGACUCCUCCAAGGAAAAUUCUUUAAUCAAUGGUCAGAGUCAGUUCCCAGCAGGAGCUUCACCCAAGGUGUCCCCAGUGGUCAGCUCUCCCUGGGGCCACACACUGACCCCUAGGACCCCUGCACCGGCACAUACCCCCACGGCACUGCAGCAGAGACUGCUGCUCGACCGUAAUCUCUCCUCCACAGCAUCCAAGCAGAAUGUUCCUUGGAAUGACUUAAGCUUUGCUGCAGAGGUGGUGAGCCCAGGCUUUGCCAGCCGUGUGGUGAGGGAGGCUCAAGCUCAAGCUCUGAACCACAGGAGCCCUGCGGAAAGUCGAAGGCAAUAUCCAACAGCCCAAGAGAAGUUUGUCCGUGCUGGGGUCCUUCCAAAUGUCUGUUUAGGUGGCAGAACAAAAACAGUUUUAACGCCACGAAGAACUCCUACCACACCACUUCUUCCAUUAGGCCGUUCAUCAUCGUCAACUUUCUCUUCAACUCUUUCUUCAGAUUUUCUUACCUCUACUACACCGAGGAUGCCAGAUAUUCGUUCAGUAGCGUCAGUACUAGAGCCAAGCAGCUCAUCCAGUGAAUGUGCGCGUGACCCAACUAGUGUUCAGGCAGUGGUUGCAGCUCUACAGCAAGCUCAGGUUGGCAAGGGCAUCAAAAGAGGAUCUUGUUAUAUAGAACCAGAAGACUUGAGCAAGAGACAAAAGUGUACCACCACAGGCACCAUUGUGUCGUCUUCCAUGCCCAUCAACUAUUCUAGGGAUUACAUGGAAGAUGGUCAGAACUGCAGUAGUAAUGGCACCACGAGUGGGGGUGGGGAGAAGCGUGCGCUAGACCUUAGUCCUACUUCUCAGGGAAGCCCUCGGCAACUGAGUCCCGAGAACAAGAAGCGAUGUGUCCUAGACCCAAUGACAGCAUCGUUCUCAUCGUCUAAACAUAUUAUGGAACUUGGAAUGCUUCAAGCAAAUGGACGAGACACGCCCUUCUCCAUGUAUGACUCUCGACGAGACACAGAUUCUGACAGCAAUCCAAGUGUUGGGUCUGCACACUCCAAAAACUCAGAGCAAUCGUUACACCGUCAGACAAGUGAAGCUACAGGAGGAGAUUCAUGCAUUAUCAGUCCAGGACCUUCUGAACGUGACCCUUCUGACCGUUCAGGGUCUCACACACCUCAGAGUACUCGUGGGGAGGGCUCUAAUAGUAGUGGUGCUGUAGGAAAUGGAGGCACUGCCAACACCUCUCGCACCUCAACACCAAGGAACCCGACCCCACCCAGGCCCACGCAUGUUAUAUCAUUGGAGGCAUAUAAAGCAGAAAAGGCGAAGAGCCAGCAGAGACUCAAGAAGAUGUUGGGGAUGCUCUUCCAUGUUAAAGAGGGUGAAGAGUCUCAGCCGUCAAAAUCUGGGGAGUCAACGCCAACUGCCUCAGGUUCUUCUCUUAUUGAGGUCACACCUACAGUAGCUUCAAGUUCAACUCCACCAGUUGCAUUGAAUUCAAACCCAACAACGUCCUCUGGAACCUUAGAAACUGCAGCUCCUUCCAUCCCUACCACAGAAACUGGAGAGUUUGAAGCACCAUCUAAUUCAUUAACAAAGAACACAACUGAAGAGAAUCCUUCUCCAUCGUGCAUCAGUAUUAUUCAAACAACAUCUUCAGAAGGAACUAAAAGUGAAGUGUCUGCUUCUUUCACUCUCUCUCUCAAACCACCUAGUAUCUCAGCAGCUACCAGCAAGGACAUUGACUCUGGUAACAAAGAUGAUUUAACAACAGAAGAGGGAGAGGGAAGCAACAAUGUGUCAGUUACUGCUAUGUUCAAGCUUCCUGCAACUACCAAGAGUGAUAGUACUAAGGAUAAUGCAGAAAAUGAGGCUGAUUUCUUGGCUCCCUCCACAACUGAAUCCCCAGAUGCACCUAUUUCAUCACCAUCACUUGUAGACUUCUUAAAAGCCACCUCAUCAGCAAAGAAUGGGACAGCACCUGCCUUACCUUUGUGUGGAAAUACUACUAUAGAAAACAAAACUUCUACACAACCAACAUCUGUUUCUGAGUCAAACCAGACAUCUGUAAUUUUACCAUUAACCCUUCCCUCCAGUACAGCAGUUAGCCAAGGAAGUACAGGGGUGUUUACUUUUGGCCAAACUUCUGUCCCAUCUAUGAAUAAGCUUACUUCUACUCCAUCAGUGUUAUCUCUUAAUUUUCCUCAUGCUGUAAGUUCUGUUGCAAAUACAUUUAGUUUCACUGCACCAUCUACAACUAAUUUUGCUAACAGUCCAUCAAGGACAGUUGAAGAUGCACCAUCGUCUUCAAAGUCAGUCACUUUGACAUUUGGAUCUGGUAAUACAAACAAGCCUGUUGACUUUCAGCAGUCUAGUUUUGAAGUUACAUCGAGUUGCAAUAGCAUCACUUCAACUGGAAGCGUAAUGUCUAGUGGCUUCUUUAGCAACACCCCCAUUACAACUGAAACUCCAACCACAACUCAAGUAGGAUUUGAUGCUUCAGCAAUUACUUCCACUGUAGCUGAAUCCUCAUCCAAUUCUUCAGGUGGAUUGUUCAAUUUUGGUAGUAGGAAUAUUGCUUCCACUACUCAACAGUCUCCUUUUCCAUUUUUGGAUCCUAAGAAGUUGCCAUCUUCAACUGACUCAACUACUUUGAGUACAGUUAAUACCACUGGGUUUUCAUUUGGUACAUCCCAGACUUCUGCCUCCCCUGUUUUGCCAUUUGGAUCCACUGGAACCACUCAGGCAACCCCUUCAUCAACAUCAUCAGGAUUUGGAAGUGGCUUAACAUUUAGCAGUCAGACAGGGUCAACAGCUCCUACUACAGUACCACCUGCUUUUGGUUUAUCUACAGCAUCUGUUACAGGUCCACCACCUUUUUGUGCAACAGCAGCAGUUAGUACUGCUCUUCCUACAUUUAGUUCAACCUCAGUGACACCAUCAACUUCAGCAUCAAAUCAGGCCUCGCAUUUUACCUUCGGACAGACAAUGGUAUCCCCUUCAACUACAACUGCAUCUUCCUUGCCCUUUGCAUUUGGCUCUACAUCUACACAAGUAGCCUCAGGAUCAUCCUCUGGUGUCUUUCAAUUUGGCAAAGCAGCAGCACCAGCAGCUACAGUUACACUUCAAUCAUUUACCCCUGCUGUAGCAAGCACUCAGAGCAAUACUGCUACUUCUUCCUUGUUCGCCUUUGAUGCAGGUGGAACAAACACUUUAACUACAGCUGCACCAUCAGUUACAUCUCCAUAUACUUUUGGUCCACCUAAAACAAACACCACAGCUCCGGCAUUUGGUUCCACUACAAAUACGUCUGCCAAACCUGCAGCACCAUCUGGAUUCAGCUUUUCUUCAGUGCCAACUGCAACUACAACUUCUGCACCAACAACAGGUUUCACAUUUGUCUCUCCAGCUUCAUCUCCAGCUACUGGAUUUCAGUUUGGUUCAUCACUUGUAACUCCCUCAGCUAAUAUAAAAUCUAGUUCACCAUUCACUUUUGGCAGUAGUGCCGCAAAGACUUCGAAUUUUGGUGCUAGUACAGCAUCUCCCUUUAGCUUUGGAGGAAGUGCUACUGCUGCCCCAUCAUUUGGAACUAACCAAAGUCAAAACUUUGGUGCUCCAACAACAGGUGCACCAACUUUUGGAACAUCGACACCCAGUUUUGGAACUACAGCAGUCAACCCAACAUCUCCAUUUGGAUCAACUAAUGCUUUUGCAGCAACAUCCCCAAGCUCAUCCUUUAACCCUCCCACCUUUGCACCAACACCUAAUAACAAAACGGGUAGUGGUGCUAAUCUUUUUGGAGCGCAGGGAGCAUCACCAUCUUUUGUAAGCUCUAAUAAUCCAGCCCCAUCUCCAAGCUUUGGCAAUGCAGGAGCAGCUGGUAGAUUUAGUACCCCACAAGCUUCCACAUUUGGAGGGGCAACCUUUAACAGCGAUAAAAAUGUGACUGAUAAAAGCUCAGCAUUCCAGUUUGGUCAAGGGGCUAAUGGUACCCCAUCAUUUCCUGCAAGUCCUUCAACAUUUGGAGGAGGUGCAAAUCCCUCAACAUUUGCAGGAGCUACCAGUCCUCCAACAUUUGCAGGGGUUACCAGUCCUACAUCAUUUGUUGCUGGACCUUCUGCUACUGGUACAUCUGGAGGGCCUGUAUUCCAGUUUGGUUCCUCCAAUCCUCCAUCAUUUAAUGCAGGCAACACUGCAAGUUCUGUUGCUCCGAGGAGACCGAGGGCCCGUGUUCCAAGACGACAUCGUUAAUGAGUGCAGCUCUGUCACACUGAAACCUUCGACAUGAACAAUUACAAGAUUAAGAAUCAUAUAUGCAUAUUUAUCCAGUAUCAGAUUACUUCUUAAUGCUUUCAUCUUCUAUUUGGUGCGAGUGUAGAAGAUGCCAUUCAGAUGUUUGAUGUACUGUAUAUAGCUAUUAGCUUUUUAAAAUUAAGGCAUGUGUUAGGAAGUGUAUUUAAUGUGUAAUCUAGAGUAAUACCGUAAGGUGAUGUGGAUCAUUAUUACAAGUGGGUGCUAUCAAAAACAUUUAUUAAUUUAUAAUAAAAGUAAUUGUGUUUGGAAGUGUUUCUCAUCAUGGCUGCUAAUAUCAAAUAUAUCAUCUUACGGUCAGCUGACUUAUUAUUAGGUAGUAUCCUGUAUUCUUAUACAACUUCUUAUCUUAGAGAAAAGUACCCCACAGCAAAAUCCUGUUUGUACUAAAAUUUGGUAAUGUGUGUGUUGAGAAACCUGUCUCUUGUGUUCCUUCACCCAAUAUUUCCACUGUGUUCAUAUUUACUUUCACUUAAUUUUUCAAAUGUGCUUAAUUCUCUAAAUAUGUCUACAAUACAUCAGCACCUUGUGAAUGCACACAGUGAGGUUAGAAUCAUUUUAUCCCAAUGCAUGCACACCAUACAAGGCAACUAAAAUGCCAAAAGCAAGGGAUUGGUUACUCCAUUCCCAGUAAUUACUAACCAAAAAGGGAAAUACGGAAGUGUAUGUUUUCCUCUGGUUUUCCUGCUUCUACUCAAAAUUUUUAACUAAUAAGAAUUACCUAGAGAAACUUCAUGUCUGUGUUUUUAAGAUCUCUUGACACGAGUUUUAUUUAGGAUGAUAUCCAGAGGGCUGAGGAGGGAUUGUUGAGGUAGUUUGGACAUGUAGAGAGGAUGGAACGAAAUAGAAUGUCUUCAAGAGUGUAUAAAUCUGUAGUGGAGGGAAGGCAGGGUAGAUGUCGGCCUAGGAAAGGUUAGAGGGAGGGGUUAAGGGAGGUUUUGUGUGCGAGGAGCUUGGACAUCCAGUAAGCAUGCGUGUGCGUAUUAGAUAGGAACGAAUGGAGACAAAUGGUUUUUAGGGCUUGAUAUGCUGAUUGAGUGUGAGCAGGGUAAUACUAUUUAUGAAGGGAUUCAGGGAAACCGGCAGGCCGGACUUGAGUCCUGGAGAUGGGAAGUACAGUGCCUGCACUCUGAAGGAGGGAUGUCAAUGUUGCAGUUUUAUAAUUGUAGUGUAAGUGCACCUAUGGCAAGACAGUGAUGGAGUGAAUGAUGGCAAAAGUUUUUGUUUUUCAGGCCACCCUACCUUGGUGGAAAACGGCCAGUGUGUUAAUAAAACAAAAUUCCAUUCAUGGAAGAAGCACUAAAUUCAUGGGGGGUGGCAAUAUAAACACAAAUGCAGUAUAAUGUGAUCCUUUAUUGACUACGUUUCGCCCACACAGUGGGCGGUAUUUUAUACCAUUUAUUUCCUUCAUGGGGGGUCAUACAGUACCUGGGUGAAUGAGGGGGAAAUAUCUGAUCCAAGGAAGGAGGGGGUAGGCAAAUUCCUUGGAUCAAAAGGUCAUCACUUAAGGGCUUACAUAGGAUUGACAAGAAGCAUGAAUUCACACUUAAAACACCAUAAAUAUAGAUUCAGGCAUGAUCAAGUUUUGACUUCUCUGUUUAUUCAUGUAAGAUAUUUUAAUCAUAUUAUUGGUUGGUUUAAACUAAAUUUUUAUGUUCAAAUUAGUUUCUUAAAAGCAAUUUAAUAGUCAGAACAUAAGUUCUGGAUUUUACAAGCUGAAGUCGUUCAUAAUUAAUAAAAUGUCUGACAUACAUACUUUGUUCAUGCAAGUAUGUUUGCACAGUUUAACAAGAAAAACACCCUAGCAUUUACUUCCUUUACAACCCCAUCUAUAAAUAUAUUAAACAACCAUGGUGACAUUACACAUCCCUGUCUAAGACCUACUUUUACCGGGAAGUAGUCUCCCUCUCUUCUACACACCCUAACCUGAGCCUCACUAUCCUCAUACAAACUCUUUACAGCAUUUAAUAACUUACCACCUAUUCCAUAUACUUGCAACAUCUGCCACAUUGCUCCUCUAUCCACUCUAUCAUAUGCCUUUUCUAAAUCCAUAAAUGCAAUAAAAACUUCCCUACCUUUAUCUAAAUACUGUUCACAUAUAUGCUUCAAUGUAAACACUUGAUCUACACAUCCCCUACCCACUCUGAAGCCUCCUUGCUCAUCCACAAUUCUACAUUCUCUAUAUCUCUCUCUCUCUAUAUAUAUAUAUCUAUCUCUCUAUAUCUCUUUUUGUUUUUUACAGUGCACUGGGACAUGGCCCUUCUCAUAUAUGUAGUUCCAUUUGCAAAUUACUGGAAUGUAUGAUUAAAAGGAAGAUACCGAGCUAUGUACUUGGAAACACUUAGUCCCCACCAGUUUGGAUAUAGCAGGGGUCAUUCCACCAUAGACCCUGCUAAAGCAUCAUCUUAAAAAAGUCCUGAACCUCUAGGGAAGUCAUACAGUGGUGUGUGGGAAAUAAUCAGGUUUGUUCCAAGGAAGGGUAGGGUAGCAUGAUGGCAUCACGUCAAAUGGACCAUAGAUCCUUCAUUCCUUGAUAAGCAUUAUAAAUGCCUUGGUUGUAUCUAAAUGCAGUUAUGGUGAUCAAGUAUAUUCAGCUUCAGCAGCUUCUCUUUCUGGACUUGUCAUUCAUCUUCAGGAAUUGUUUGUGCCGGGGAGCCUUGUUCACCUUGAGGAGCUUCACGAUCCUGGAGUUUACCUGGAAGUUUACCUGCAAAACUACUGAAUUAACUCCUUCAGAUGUUGCAUACCUUGGUCUGUUUUCCCUUUCUCUUCACUGUUUCAAUUAUAUCCCUCUCUCCUUAUAUCCCUCUCGCUUGCAUUGUGAUUUCAUUUUUGCCUUUGUAGGUAUGUUGUAAUUAGUUAAUUUUGAUUGUUUAGACAACACUGUAAUCUAACUAAUCCUUACCUGAUCAUAACGUACAUUGAGGAAUCUGCUUAAAAGCUUGAAAAAAACGGCUAUUUGUAAACAGUCAGAAUUUUGACUGUUGCUUUUAUCCUCUUCAGCACUUCCCUUUUCACAGUUCUUUUCCUUGAUGUCAGCACAACUCAGGCUUGAAGCCCUACAUAACCCUUACAGGUUUAGAGCAUUUAUGUGAAUGUAUCAUAAACUAAUACAUGUAAUCAUGGUGGAAGCAAAAUUGAAGAAAAGAGGGAACCUGAUGAUUGGGAUAAUGUGUACAAGAAAAGUGACUAGGAAUGAGGCAUUUUAUAAGCAUGUAAUUCAAUCAUUGUUAGGAAUCAAAAUUCAGGUACUGUGCUGAAAAAAAAAUUAUUAACCCAGUGUCAAACUACAGGAAAGCCAAGAAAUGAGCUAGAAAUAAGUACCCUUGGGUGAGGAGGCAAGUGGAAAGCCCAUUUCAAAUUGCCAUAGCAACAAAGGCAAAGAUGCGAUCAAAGCUACUUUGCAGCCAUAUCAGAGGGACAGUGACAGAAAAAGCAUCAUGAUAAUAUGAAACAAGGAAACAACAGGAAUUUUUGAAUAAGUGGUUUCUGGAAUUUAAGCCUAUCAAAAGCAAAGCCAUGCAGCUGAAAAAGCAGACAGAAGGCAGAAUACCAACGAGAAGGGUUUUCCUACGGUUAAAAUAUUCUUAUGAAGAGGACCUCUAGCUUAAUCAUAAGAAUUUGCAUAAUUGAUUUAACACACACUAACAUGCUUACCAUUUCCCAAUGAGAUAGGGCUGAUUUAACUUCAAUGGAAUAUUAAUUUUGUGAUUAUUCAGACUCGUGACUAAUGAUUUAAAGCAAAAAAUUGCUGUAUAGCCCUUGUGGCUUAGCGCUUCUUUUUGAUUAUUAUUAUAAUAAUAAUUAAAGCAAAAAUUAAUACACACUUGGUUUGGCAAAAUGAUCAUUGCCAAAUGAGCCAUGUGGGCAAGUUCAGCUUCAAAAGCAUGACACACAUUAAAAAUAGGAAGCUGGUAGGCAUCAGUCAUGCUUGUAGGUGCUACCAUUCUGACAGUACAUUAAAUGUUCAGCAUUGUUGAUGAGUUUGCUGGUCUUUCUUUCUCUUGAUCAUGUAAAUUGGCAAUCAGAUGUUACAAACUUCUACCUACAUUAAAUACACUUGGCCAUAAGGUAGGAAAUACAUUCACCAGUGCUCCUUAGUUACUAUUCCGUAAGGGCAAAGGUAUAAUGGGUCACUGAUGAAUAAGCAAAUUACAACAUCCCCCACCUAACUAGGAAGUGCAGACACUUAUUCCCACUUCCAAAACCCAAGUCUGGCAUUCCGAUUUUCCUGAAUCUCUUCGUGUACAGUAAUAGAUAUAGUGCCAUACACCCAUACUAAUAGCACAUCAAAUCUCAAAGACCACUCACCUGCACUCUAAUCUCCUCUCAGUGAGUGUUGAUGCAGAUGAAGGGUUCUUAAUACCAGAAAUUGAAGCUACCCUCUGUUCUCUUGGAUUAAACCCAAUAACCUCUCACUUCCAAGGUUUUGCAUGACCCUACUGUUGUUAGGUAAGACACAUAU